AUGAGCAGAGAUAAUGAGAGCACUGUGUCUGAAUUCAUCCUCCUGGGGCUCCCUAUUCAGGCAGAAGACCAAGGCCUGUACUCUGCCCUGUUCCUGGCCAUGUACUUGACAACUAUCCUGGGAAACCUGCUCAUCACACUGCUCAUCAGGCUGGACUCUCACCUCCACACCCCCAUGUACUUUUUUCUCAGUCACUUGGCAUUCACAGACAUCUCUUUCUCAUCAGUUUCAUCUCCAAAAAUGGUCAUGAAUAUGCUGACACACAGUCAGUCCAUAUCAUAUGGUGGGUGUGUUUCCCAGGUAUAUUUCUUUUCACUUUUUGCUGUUCUUGAGAGUUUUCUUCUGACAUCAAUGGCCUAUGACAGGUAUGUGGCCAUUUGCCACCCUUUGCACUAUUCACAAAUUAUGAGUGAGAACCUGUGUGUUCUUCUAGUAGUAGUAUCCUGGGCCUUAUCUUCUGCCAAUGCCCUUGUUCACACCCUUCUCUUCGCUCGCCUAUCUCACUUUAGAAACCAUACCAUCCCCCAUUACUUCUGUGAUCUGUCUACCUUACUGAAGCUGUCGAGCUCAGACACCACCACCAAUGAGCUUGUCAUCCUUGUGCUAGGUAACGUGGUCAUUAGCUUGCCAUUCAUAUGCAUUCUGGUCUCUUAUGGCCACAUCGGAGUCACCAUUCUGAAAACUCCCUCAAUCAAGGGAAUUUGCAAAGCCUUGUCCACAUGUGGCUCUCACCUCUGUGUGGUUACCUUGUACUAUGGAGCCAUCAUUGGACUAUAUUUUGUCCCGUCAUCUAAUAACACUAAUGACAAGGAUGCCAUUGUGGCUAUGAUGUACACUGUGGUCAUACCCAUGCUGAAUCCCUUUAUUUAUAGUCUGAGGAAUCGGGAUAUGAAAGGAGCACUGAGAAAUAUCCUCAUCAGGAGAGUUUGUUCACAGUGA